AUGAAGUCGUUUUUUGUUUUUUGUGUCCUCAAAAUUAUAACAGCGUUAGUAAGUAAUGCCCAAAAAACUAAUGAUGAGAUACCCGAAAGACAUAAAAAACAUGCUGCUGAUCGCGAUAUUUUGAAGGACCAAAGCUUUAUUUUUAGUGGCGACAGACCUAUACCUUAUAUGAUGCAAACUCCAAUGAAACAUCAAAAUUAUAAUCACGGAAAUUCCAAACAUGAAAAUAAGGUAGAAAGACGUAAAAUGAUAAUAGAGAACAAUUUGCCUUAUAAUAAUUUAGAGGUUGUACGUAAUGAUCUUGCUAAUGUGGAAACUGGUACUGGCCAAAGAAGAAGAAAUUCAAAUUCGAAUUCAGGUAUAAAUAUCAAUAAUAAUGUAAGUAAUAACAAGGAGAGCGUCGAAAUUAAUAAUAUACAACAGGAAAAUAAGAAAUCUGAUUCAAGAUUAAAGGCAAAUUUCAUUGAAUCAAUUAAUAGCUAUCUACAAAAUAAUUACCCGGAUCAAAAAUUAGACAGUGAUAAUAUUUUUCAAGAAUUUAUAGAGAAUGAAGAAAGUGCAAAUGCUAAUAACGAUGUAAAUAUUAAUAAUAAUGUUAAUAAUAAUACGCAAAAAGUUCAGAUUAACAAUGUACAACAGAAAAAUGAGUUAAAUAGAAGAAGAAUGAAUAUAAACUCUAAGCUUAAUGCUAAAUUAUCUAAAAAAAAUAUUGGUAAUAGCUAUUUAGAAACUAAUAAAGAAAGUCAAUCAUCAGUUAUUAAUUCUUUGCCCUUUAAUGGCCAUACAAGAAGAAAUGUGAAUUCAAAUGUCAAUUCAGCUGUAAAUAUUAAUAAUGAUGUAUAUGAUAAUUUGGAAAAAAUUGAACUUGACAAUAUACAACAGAAAAAUGAGCAAAGCAAGAGAAUAAUGGACUUACAAUCCGCACUUAAUGCUCAAAUUUCUCCAAAGAAUAAUAAAAAUACAACACUUAAUACAGAUCUUUCUAAAGAAAAUGAGCAAGAAGUUGAUCUACUGGCAUUAAUAUCGCCCAAGAAAAAUUUACAAGAAAAAAUUAAUUUGAAUAUCAAUAAAAAACUAAAUAUUAAUAAUAACUUAAAUCAUAAUGUGCAAAAAGUUGUCAUAAGCAAUAUAAAUCAAAAGAAUAAGGAUAACAUUAAAAAAAUGAAUGUACAAUCUAUACUCAGCUAUUUCAGUUAUUUCAUUGAUCAUCCACCAAAAGAUAAAGAUUUAAACGCUCUUAAGCGAAAGAAAGAAACCUACAUAACAAUGUUGAACUAUUUUAUUAAAUAUUUAGAAGAAAUGGGUGUCCCAGAUUCUGAGAUUCUAUAUUAUAUAGAGCUAGCGCAAUCAUAUGAAUCUGAUGCUGAAAUUAGGGAAAAAUACAAUAAAUUAAUACAUUCCUAUCAACAUCCAAGUCAAACUACAGAUAUUGAUGACAUAAUAACCGAAACUCCAGUAAUUAUUGUACAUAAUCGACCGGAAGAAGUUAAUCCAGAUGAAUCAAAUCCUGAAGAUGGGGGAAAUAUACGAGACAAGAAUAUACAAUUAAUACUCAACAGUUUUAAUUAUCUCCUUCACAAUUCACCAAAAGAUGAAGAUCUAAACGCUCUCAGACAAAAGAAAAAAACCUACUUGCUAGAGUUAAUUGAUUACAUUAAGUAUUUGAAGGCCAACGGCGUCCCAAAUUUAAAAAUAUUAUGGUAUUUACAGGAAGCACAAAAAUAUGAAUCUGAUGAAGAAUUAAAGGAAAAAUACAAUAAAUUGAUACUUAUCUAUCAGAAUCCAAGUCGAAAUCCAGACAUUGAUGACAUAAUAUCUGAAUCUCCAGUAAUUAUUGUACCUAAUCGUCCGGAAGAAGUUAAUCCAGAUGAAUCAAAUCCAGAAGAAUGGGGAAAUAUACGAGACAAGAAUAUACAAUUAAUACUCAACAAUUUUGAUCACCUCCUUCAUAAUUCACCAAAAGAUGACGAUCUCAGCGCUCUUAGACAAAAGAAAAAAACCUACUUGCUAGAGUUAAUUGAUUACAUUAAGUAUUUGGAGGCCAACGGCGUCCCAGAUUUAAAAAUAUUAUGGUAUUUACAGGAAGCACAAAAAUAUGAAUCUGAUGAAGAAUUAAAGGAAAAAUACAAUAAAUUGAUACUCAUCUAUCAGAAUCCAAGUCGAAAUCCAGACAUUGAUGACAUAAUAUCUGAAUCUCCAGUAAUUAUUGUACCUAAUCGUCCGGAAGAAGUUAAUCCAGAUGAAUCAAAUCCAGAAGAAUGGGGAAAUAUACGAGACAAGAAUAUACAAUUAAUACUCAACAAUUUUGAUCACCUCCUUCAUAAUUCACCAAAAGAUGAAGAUCUAAACGCUCUCAGACAAAAGAAAAAAACCUACUUGCUAGAGUUAAUUGAUUACAUUAAGUAUUUGAAGGCCAACGGCGUCCCAAAUUUAAAAAUAUUAUGGUAUUUACAGGAAGCAGAAAAAUAUGAAUCUGAUGAAGAAUUAAAGGAAAAAUACAAUAAAUUGAUACUUAUCUAUCAGAAUCCAAGUCGAAAUCCAGACAUUGAUGACAUAAUAUCUGAAUCUCCAGUAAUUAUUGUACCUAAUCGUCCGGAAGAAGUUAAUCCAGAUGAAUCAAAUCCAGAAGAAUGGGGAAAUAUACGAGACAAGAAUAUACAAUUAAUACUCAACAAUUUUGAUCACCUCCUUCAUAAUUCACCAAAAGAUGACGAUCUCAGCGCUCUUAGACAAAAGAAAAAAACCUACUUGCUAGAGUUAAUUGAUUACAUUAAGUAUUUGGAGGCCAACGGCGUCCCAGAUUUAAAAAUAUUAUGGUAUUUACAGGAAGCACAAAAAUAUGAAUCUGAUGAAGAAUUAAAGGAAAAAUACAAUAAAUUGAUACUCAUCUAUCAGAAUCCAAGUCGAAAUCCAGACAUUGAUGACAUAAUAUCUGAAUCUCCAGUAAUUAUUGUACCUAAUCGUCCGGAAGAAGUUAAUCCAGAUGAAUCAAAUCCAGAAGAAUGGGGAAAUAUACGAGACAAGAAUAUACAAUUAAUACUCAACAAUUUUGAUCACCUCCUUCAUAAUUCACCAAAAGAUGACGAUCUCAGCGCUCUUAGACAAAAGAAAAAAACCUACUUGCUAGAGUUAAUUGAUUACAUUAAGUAUUUCAAGGCCAACGGCGUCCCAGAUUUAAAAAUAUUAUGGUAUUUACAGGAAGCACAGAAAUAUGAAUCUGAUGAAGAAUUAAGGGAAAAAUACAACCAAUUGAUACAUUUCUAUCAGAAUCCAAGUCAAAAUCUGGACAUUGAUGAAAUCUUAUCCGAAACUCCAGUAAUUAUUGUACCUAAUCAGCCGGAAGAAAUAAAUCCAGUUGAAUCAAAUCCAGAAGAUGGGGAAAAUAUAAUAGACGAGAAUAUACAAUUAAUACUCAGCAAAUUUGAUCAUUUCCUUCAUAAUUCACCAAAAGACGAAGAUCCCAGUGCACUGAAACAAAAGAAGAAAAUCUAUUUGCGAAAGUUAAUUGGUUUUAUUAAGUAUUUGCAGGUCUUCGGCGUCCCAGAUUUAAAAAUAAUAUGGUAUUUACAAGAAGCCCAAAAAUAUGAAUCUGAUAAAGAAUUAAAGGUAAUAUACUGGCAAAUAAUUAAUAGCUAUAAACAGCAACAAAGAGAUGAAAAUAAAGAACCGUCACCACCUUCUGACGAAAUAUUGCCAAAUAAUUCUAUCGAAGAAAUAGACGAAACAACACCACAUUGGAAACCUGAAGACAUACCACCACCACAUCCAGAAUCUGAAAACACACCACCACCACAUUCGGAAUCUGAAAACAUACCACCACCAUUUUGGGCACCCGAAAACGAACCAACACCACCACCGCCAUAUUGGAAACCUGAAAACACACCACCACCACAUUCGGAAUCUGAAAACAUACCACCACCAUUUUGGACACCCGAAAACGAACCAACACCACCACCGCCAUAUUGGAAACCUGAAAACACACCACCACCACAUUCGGAAUCUGAAAACAUACCACCACCAUUUUGGGCACCCGAAAACGAACCAACACCACCACCGCCAUAUUGGAAACCUGAAAACACACCACCACCAUGUUGGGCACCCGAAAACGAACCAACACCACCAAGUACAGAAAUACCAGAUGAAGUAAAGCCGAAUAUUUUAGACCUUUUAAAACCUCCAUAUAACGUGCAUCAUAAUAAAUAUAUAGAUGAUAUAAUAACACAUUUAAUAGAACAUUUAAAACGCAAUGGAGUUUCAGACGAAGAAAUACAGAAAAUAGUACAAAUAUCUCUAAUAAACGUUAUAAACUCUAUGACGCACUAUACAAUAAUU